AUGGCGGAUACUGUAGAGAAAGUCCCCGCCGCUGAGUCAUCUUCAUCCACCGCAGAAGCAUCAAUCGCCGUCGAGAAGACAGAGCCCACGACGUCGGAGAAGAAGAAGUGGGGCGAUGUUGAGGAUGACGAUGAAGAGGAAGCAAACGCAGUCUCGGAGCUCAAUUCUUUGAGUAUUAAGGAGGAAGAGCAACCUGAAUCUGUGCUUGAAGAACCCGAAGAUUCCAACAUCAAAGCGGUUCCUGCCGGUGACACACCAUAUACAUCGGCAAGUAGAUUCGAAGAUUUGAACUUAUCGCCUGAGUUGAUGAAAGGCUUGUAUGUGGAGAUGAAGUUCGAAAAGCCGAGCAAGAUUCAAGCGAUCAGCUUGCCUAUGAUCAUGACGCCGCCUCACAAGCAUCUGAUUGCUCAGGCGCAUAACGGAUCUGGGAAGACGACCUGUUUCGUUCUUGGAAUGCUGAGUCGGGUUGACCCGGCUCUGAAACAGCCUCAAGCCCUUUGCAUUUGUCCCACCAGAGAAUUAGCAAACCAGAAUAUGGAAGUUCUUCAGAAGAUGGGGAAGUUCACUGGGAUCACUGCUGAAGUAGCUGUCCCGGAGACGACGAGAGGUCAACCUAUUGCAAGGCGAGCAACUGUUAGUGCCCAAGUUGUGAUUGGCACACCUGGGACGAUUAAAAAGUGGAUGGCUUUCAAGAAACUUGGUCUAGAUCACUUGAAGAUUCUGGUUUUUGAUGAGGCUGACCAUAUGCUUGCUACGGAUGGCUUUCAAGAUGAUUCCAGGAGGAUAAUGAAAGACAUUGAGAGGGUCAAUCCCAAUGUUCAGGUUCUUCUUUUCUCGGCGACUUUUAAUGAAACCGUCAAAGAUUUUGUUAAGUGGACAGUCAAGGACCCCAACCAACUGUUUGUAAAAAGAGAAGAUCUGGCUUUGGACUCAGUGAAGCAGUAUAAAGUGGUUUGCCCAAAGGAGCAAAACAAGAUUGAAGUGAUCAAGGAUCAGAUUAUGGAGCUUGGGGAUAUUGGUCAGACCAUAAUAUUUGUGAGAACGAAGGUGUCAGCAAACAAGGUGCACAAAGCUCUCACCGAAAUGGGGUAUGACGUCACCAGUGUUCAUGGUAGUAUGUCAGAAGUGGACAGAGAUAAGAUAGUGAAGGAGUUCAAAGAAUCCCUAACCAGCGUUCUCAUUGCGACCGAUGUCAUUGCAAGAGGCUUUGACCAACAACGGGUGAAUUUGGUUGUAAAUUAUAAUCUGCCUACUAAAUAUGACACAAGGGAGCCAGAUUAUGAAGUGUAUCUUCACAGAGUCGGAAGAGCUGGCCGGUUUGGUCGUAAAGGAGCUGUGUUCAACCUGCUUCUUGAGGAAGGACCGGAUAGACAGGAUAUGGAGAAGAUUGAGAGAUAUUUUAAUGCGCAUGUUAAGGAGAUCAAGUCUUGGAACUCAGAGGAAGAGUAUAAGAGCGCGCUCAAGGAAGCUGGCCUGCUCGAUGAGUAG